CUGUCGGGAUCCCGACCCCCCCGGGAUCCCUACUCCCUCAGGAUCCCGGCUCCCACGGAAUCCCGACACCCCCCCACCCGGGAUCCCGACUCUCUCAGGAUCCCGACUCCCUCAGGAUCCCGACUCCCUUGGGAUCCCGACCCCCCCGGGAUCCCGACUCCCUGAGGAUCCCGACUCCCUCAGGAUCCCGACGCCAACGGCAUCACCCUAGUGGACGCGCGGCGAAAGCAAGCAGGUAGCAAGGGGCCAUUGGAACUCGGGAACCACUGAACUUUCUUCCUGCCUUCUGCCCUCUUCCCUGCCAUCUCCCGUCCUCUAUCAACAGUGCUUUGCACAUAGUGCUUCCAUGGGCUCUGCUGACCAGAGCUUCAACCUGGCUGAGAUCCUGUCCCUGAACUAUGGGAUUCCAGAGAAGUGGAAGGAAGUGGCAGGUGAUGCCCUUGGCCAAGAGCCCUCACUGCAGGAGCUGGAAAAAACAGUCAAGGAUUUGCUUUCUUGGGAAGAGGAGGUGAAGGCACAAUCGUCCACCGAUGACCUCAUCCCAUCUGUGACUCCCCACGAUGCGCCGGACCUUUUCUGCGACCCAACCGGCUCCAACUUCCCUGCUGAUGAAGACAAAAAGCCUUGCUCUAACUCCUCUGACUGGGAAGAGGACUUGUUUCCCUUCAAUGAGAGUAGGAAGGAGAUCAUGAUUGGACUUCAGUACCAGGCUGUUGUGCCCCCGCUCCUCUCCAACAAGCAGAGCUAUAAAGCCUAUGUGAACGAGGACCAGCUGCUGUGGGACCCCAAUGUCCUUCCAGAGUGGAAGGUGGAAGAGUUCCUGUACCGGGCAGAGAAGCAGAGGUGGGAGAAGAUGGACGAUUUGGGCCUGCCCCUUGGGGUGGUAGUGAAGGACAACGAACAGGCCCUGUACGAGCUAGUCAAGUGCAACUUCAACAUGGAAGAAGCUCUCCGACGCCUGCAGUUCAACGUGAAGGUCAUCCGAGAUCAGCUGUGCACCUGGAGCGAGGACGAAUGCCAGAAUUUUGAACUCGGCUUCAAGGUCUACGGGAAAAACUUCUCUCUCAUCCACGCGAACAAGCUGCGCACACAUUCUGUGGGUGAGUGCGUGAAGUACUACUACGAGUGGAAGAAGUCAAAGCGCUACGAGCACUUCAUCCAGCAGUCCCGUUUCAGGAGGAAGAAGUGUGUCCAGUCUGGAGCCAUGGAUUAUGCGGACAACGAUCCGGAGGGGGGUGAGGUGGCGCGCUCUGGCUUCAGAUCCCCUCAGCGUGGAUCACUUGAGCGUCGAAGUGGGCCAGAGCUCUAAGUGCAGCAGCACGCCUUCCGAGACGGGGAGUGCUGAGGACUCAGCACACCCAACCCAGCCCAGCUCUUCCCCAACCCUGAUGGACCAGCUUGCAGCCAACUCCGGCGAGCACUUGGCUGGGACUUUGCCCUCCCGGGGGCUCUGCCCAGAGAGGCUGGUUCCCAGCCACGUGGCUCUGACAGAGAUGCCGAGGGGGCCGUGACCCUGUCCAUCAGAAAUUUUGGAUGCAUCAGCAUUGGGGAUGUAAAUAGUUUCCUGACACAGUGAGUGUCUCCUGAGUGUCCAUCCUUCUGUCCUUUCCUUUCUGUGGCCCGGGCUCCUCUUCCGGACUUUAGAAGAUAGCUUUGUGGCUCCUCAGCUCAGCAGGAGGGGAGGGGCAGCAUAUUUGGUGGGGGUGGAGGUCAGGGGGAUUGUGUGGUUGGAAACCAAUGUAAUCUCUCUC